AUGUAUAUAAGCACCCAACAGAUUGGUAACCUCGUUCCUCAACUGCAACAUGCCCUGGCGCCUCAAAUUAACAUUCCCACUGCACAAAAUCGUGAACUCAAUUUGGUCACAUAUCCCGACUUCUCUGGCGGUGAACAGGACCCAAUCACCUGGCUAGAGGAUGUUGAAAAAGCAUUUGAAGCCAAUCAAGUGCAGGAUAAUC